AGAACUUCAAAUGGCUCGAAUCUCCCCCGUCAACCUCCCAGACCCCCAGUCUGUGUCCGGCAGUAACGAGUCAAACCAUCUAGACUACAGCUGCUAACCCGACUCGCGUGGUCCGGCUACGUCCCCGCAAUAAUAAAGUCAGAGAUAACGGCCUGCCCACUGCGCAGCGCGCUCCACUCCAGCCAGCUUCACUGCAGCAUCACUCAUCAUUCCGUGAGCUCCGGCCGAGGAUCCAGCCUCUAUCUGCCACUUCAUUAAACCUACGAUAUAAAUAUCACAUCAAAAGACCCUGAUCGUCCUGUUUCUUUGUCCACUAGUCCUUACUAGACGGAUCUUCGACCACUAGCGUGGAACAUCACCCUUUUCUAUCCCAUGGAAUCGAUGCUUGCUUCGACUGUUGAUCUCAUGGCUCGUCGUUUCUUCCCAGGACAUAGCGCCGCUUUAGGCCUGAGUCUAUUCCUCUUUCUGUUUAUGUUCCUUCCGACACUCGUGGUCUUGCUAGCUGUCGUGGUGUUCUUCCUGUUCUACUAUCCUCGUCUUCAGAAGCCGUCGUCGCAUGAUCAUUAGUAUCUGUUUUUGGAAGCAGACGCUUGUACAAUAUAAUAUAUGGAAUACGGAGUUUACGACAUGAUACCACCGGGUUUGACAACGUUGUUUAUAUAUCAUGUAUUAUCAUGUGGCAUGAUAUACACCACGAGAGAUUCUACCUUCUUAUGUUAAUCCUAUUUUUCUUGAGUACA